CUCGCGCUCUCUCUGCUCGUCUGCCUCCACUUUGUCCUCCGGUUCCAAACAAGAUUCAUGGAUUAAUAUAACAGGACUUGUUCUGAUUUUUACAAUGAACGCUGGACUUCUCCUUCCCUGCUGCAUUCUCGCUUUCCUCUUCCAGGGUGGAACCUGCUCAGAGGCGGAGCACAGGCUGUUUUCUGUGAUCUUCUCCAGCUAUAAUCAGUACAUCAGACCGGUGGAGAAUGUGUCUGACCCAGUGAUAGUCCAAUUUGAGGUGUCCAUGUCCCAGCUGGUUAAAGUGGAUGAGGUCAACCAGAUUAUGGAGACGAAUCUGUGGCUGCGACACGUGUGGAAUGACUACAAGCUCAGGUGGGAUCCCAAGGAUUUUGGAGGAGUGGAAUUUAUCCGUGUCCCAUCCAACAGGAUUUGGAAGCCAGAUAUUGUGUUGUACAACAAUGCAGUGGGAGACUUCCAGGUGGACGAUAAAACCAAAGCUCUUCUUCGCUACAACGGAGACGUGACAUGGAUUCCUCCAGCAAUCUUCAAAAGCUCCUGCAAGAUCGAUGUCACAUACUUUCCCUUUGACUACCAGAACUGCACCAUGAAAUUUGGGUCAUGGACCUACGACAAGGCCAAGAUUGACCUGGUACUGAUUGGUUCCACAAUCAACUUGAAGGACUUCUGGGAAAGUGGAGAGUGGAUGAUUAUUGACGCUCCAGGCUACAAGCAUGACAUCAAAUAUAACUGCUGUGAGGAGAUCUACACAGACAUCACCUACUCCCUAUAUAUCCGCCGUCUGCCUCUUUUCUAUACCAUCAACAUGAUCAUCCCCUGCUUGCUCAUUUCAUUCUUGACAGUUUUGGUCUUUUAUCUUCCGUCUGACUGCGGUGAGAAAGUGACACUGUGUAUUUCGGUUCUUCUCUCCCUCACUGUCUUCCUCUUGGUCAUCACCGAAACCAUCCCAUCUACCUCUCUGGUCAUUCCGCUGAUUGGCGAGUACCUUCUAUUCACUAUGAUCUUCGUCACACUUUCAAUCGUCAUUACAGUGUUCGUGCUCAAUGUGCAUUACCGAACGCCAAAGACCCAUACAAUGCCUCGCUGGGUUCGCCGUGUGUUCCUCAGCCUUCUCCCCAGAGUUAUGUUCAUGACCAGGCCUGAGAGAGACCCAGAAAGGCCUCGGAGUUCAGGAACUUCUGCUCGAUCAUGUGCCCUCCAUAAUACCUCCUUAUUUCCUCAACAUCUUACCAAACAGCAGAGUCUUCCAGGCAGCCUGCAUCCACGUGCUCAUCUCUUCCUCAGCACAGAGCUCAACACUUUGAGUGAGGCAGCAAAGUCUGGCACAAGUUUCCUGUGCAGAGAAGGAAGAUGUAACUGUUGUUUGAGGCAGCACCCCAGCAAACUGCCCCCAGAUGGCGGUGCUGGCAGCGGAGGCCCUGGUGGUCUGGUAGGAAAUGGAGGGGGAGGAAGCAGCCCUUGUUCAAGCUCUGAUUCUUUGGAUGGAGGACUUUUGACCUUCUCAGCACUUUCACCAGAGGUCCGAGAGGCCAUUGAGAGUGUUAAGUACAUUGCAGAGAAUAUGAGGCUUCAGAAUGAGGCCAAAGAGGUCCAAGACGACUGGAAAUAUGUUGCCAUGGUGAUUGACAGAAUCUUCCUGUGGGUGUUUAUCCUGGUGUGCAUUCUGGGGACGGCUGGGCUCUUCCUGCAGCCGCUCCUUUUGGGAGAGGACAUGUGACACUUGCACAGACGCAGACUCAGUGACCGGACCAACGGAUUAAACAGAGAGACACAAAAUGACUUUAGAAACCUUCUGUGCAGCUUUGCAGGCAGCGAAUGCAGGAUGUUUACAACCUGCACCAGUUCCUGUCUCAAGCCCUUUGCUCAAGAAGACUUUAAAACAGCUCCUAGUCCUUUGGACACUGUGUAUUUCUUUCUCCAGUCAUGCUUCUAAAGGUCUUUGGGGAAAAAAUAAAAAAGAGCAUCAAUAA